AUGCCAGAGUCAAGAUUGCAAACACUAGCUAACUUGAGAAUAGGAACUCCGCAGCAACUUAGACGGACUUCCAUAAUAGGUACCAUUGGACCUAAGACAAAUAGCUGCGAGUCCAUUACUGCCCUGAGGAAAGCAGGCUUGAACAUCAUUCGAUUGAACUUCUCCCAUGGCUCCUACGAAUUUCAUCAAUCAGUGAUCGAAAAUGCUGUGAAAUCAGAACAGCAAUUCCCUGGCAGGCCGCUUGCCAUUGCCCUGGAUACCAAGGGUCCCGAGAUCAGAACAGGUCGCACACUGAAUGACCAGGAUAUGUAUAUCCCUGUAGACCACCAAAUGGUUUUUACCACUGACGCAAAUUUUGCAAACACCUCUAAUGAUAAAAUCAUGUAUAUAGACUACGCCAAUUUAACGAAAGUUAUUGUUCCAGGGAGGUUUAUAUACGUGGACGAUGGGAUUCUCUCUUUUAAAGUGCUCCAAAUCAUUGACGAUUCUAAUUUAAGGGUCCAAGCGGUAAACUCGGGUUAUAUCUCAUCUCGUAAAGGUGUCAACUUGCCCAAUACCGACGUCGAUUUGCCCCCUUUGUCCGCAAAGGAUAUAAAGGACUUGCAAUUCGGGGUCCGCAAUGGGAUUCACAUUGUGUUUGCCUCUUUCAUAAGAACUCCGGAGGAUGUCUUGACUAUCAGAAAAGCCCUCGGUUCUGAAGGGCAAGAUAUUAAGAUUAUUUCCAAGAUAGAAAAUCAACAAGGACUAGAUAAUUUCGACGAUAUCCUGAAAGUCACCGAUGGUGUCAUGAUAGCAAGAGGCGAUUUAGGAAUUGAGAUCUUGGCACCUGAAGUAUUAGCCAUUCAAAAAAAACUUAUUGCAAAAUGUAAUUUAGCAGGCAAACCUGUCAUUUGUGCAACUCAAAUGCUGGAUUCAAUGACCCACAACCCGAGGCCGACAAGGGCUGAAGUUUCAGAUGUGGGUAACGCUGUGUUGGACGGUGCUGAUUGCGUUAUGCUUUCUGGAGAGACGGCAAAGGGUGAUUAUCCAGUGGAUGCAGUUAAUAUUAUGGCGGCAACUGCUCUGAUUGCUGAAAGUACCAUCGCCCAUUUGGCUCUUUAUGAUGAUCUUAGAGACGCCACUCCCAAACCUACUUCGACUACAGAAACUGUGGCAGCUGCAGCCACGGCAGCAAUCUUGGAGCAAGAUGGUAAGGCCAUUGUUGUAUUAUCCACUACAGGGAACACGGCAAGGCUGCUGUCAAAAUAUAGACCAAGCUGUCCUAUCAUACUAGUGACAAGACACGCAAGAACGGCAAGAAUUGGACAUUUGUAUAGAGGUGUUUUCCCAUUUCUCUAUGAGCCAAAACGCCUAGACGACUGGGGUGAGGAUGUUCACAGACGCCUGAAGUUUGGUGUUGAAAUGGCGAGGUCUUUUGGAAUGGUGGAGAACGGUGAUACAGUUGUUUCCAUCCAGGGGUUCAGAGGGGGCAUCGGUCAUUCCAAUACCUUACGGGUUUCUACUGUUGGUGAAGAAUUCUAG